ACAGCCUACAACUGCAAGCUGUACAAGCGACGCUGGCCCAUACUGCUCCUCUUCGUGCUGUACUCGACCUCCAACGCCUUCCAGUGGAUCCAGUACUCCAUCAUCAACAAUGUCAUCGUCCGCUACUACGACGUGACGUCGUUUUCCGUAGAUUGGACGUCGAUGAUCUACAUGGUGUUGUACAUUCCACUCAUCUUUCCAGCCGCGUGGAUCCUCGACAAAAAGGGCCUGCGUGUAGCUGUCAUGCUGGGUUCCUUCGGCACCAUGCUGGGGUCCUGGAUUAAAGUGGGCAGCCUCUCGCCCGACCGCUUCUACGUCACCUUUAUCGGCCAGACGGUGUCGGCCGCAUCUCAGAUCUUCAUCCUCGGCAUCCCGGCCAAGCUGGCUGCCGUGUGGUUCGGACCCGGCCAGGUGUCUUCUGCCUGCGCUAUUGGUGUCUUCGGGAAUCAGCUGGGAUGUGCCCUCGGCUUUCUGGUGCCACCCUCGAUCGUCAAGAACAGAGCGAACCUGGACGACAUCACCCACGACCUCUCCAUCAUGUUCUACGGCCAGGCGGCGAUCACCACGGUGUUAUUCCUCACCAUCGCGUUUGUGUUCCAGAACGAGCCGAAGCUGCCGCCGUCGCCGGCGCAGGCCGCGCUGCGCCAGGCCGAGCCCGAACAUUAUCUUCUCAGCAUCGUGCGCCUGCUGAAGAACCGGCACUACAUUCUGCUGCUCGUCACUUACGGCAUGAACGUCGGCGUGUUCUACGCCAUCUCCACACUGCUCAACCAGGUCGUGCUCAUCUAUUACCCCGGACUGUAG